AUGCUCGUGCAGUUGUUGUUGGCGGCUCAGGUGUUGGUGCCGGCGUACUCCGCGAACACCAGUCGUUACGCAUUCUACCGCGACAUCGGGGUAGGGGUAGAGGGGUCGCGGCGUGUGUUCGGAGGUGCAGUCGCGGGGGUCGGGGAGGGUGGCACUGCGUGUGCUUUACUAGACAGGUUCUGGGUGGCGCGAUGCUCCGGGGCCGUGCUGGCGCUACGCUGGGUGCUCACUGCCGCUCACUGCGUCUCGCCGCGCCUCUCUUACGUCAAGUACAACACGCGAAGACACCCGACCACCGACGGAGAUGUCGCGCCCGUUCACUAUCUGUACAUGCAUCCAGGUUACAAGGUGGUGCAGGAGGACGAGGGUCACGGCGUGGACGUGACGGUGCUGCACCACGACGUGGGUCUAGUGCGCACGCGCUCCGACAUGCUACUGGUGGCGGCGCCUUCCCGCGAUCCGCUCGUCGCCAUGAAACUGUACGACCCAGAGGAGAUUACCGGUGAAGAAGUGCAAGUGUUCGGGUACGGCCGCACGGAGCGGUCCGUGCUGGGUGAGGAGUUGUUUUGCGUGCGGCUAGUGAUGUCCAGGUGUGCUCGUGGCUCGUGGGUCCACUGCGUGUGCGGCGCCGCAAGGGAUCUACGCGGGGUCUGCUCGGGGGAUUCCGGAGGACCGGUCCACUAUAAAGGGGUUCAGAUCGGCGUGACGUCGAUGGGUCCGGUGGAGUGCGGGGGCGGCGGCGGGGCGGCGCGGGGGGCGACCAGCGUGUUCACGGCGCUGCGUCGGUACGCGGACCUCAUCAACGACACCAUACACGACACGGACUCGGCGCUGCGCAUGCGCGUCAUAUCGCGCGCCUCGCUGCACUGUCUCCGCGACCACGUCAUGCUGAGCGCUCUCACACUGCUCACACUAGGAGUGUUGUCGUGA